GCAUCAACUACGCUGAGGUGCAUCGUGAGCCGCAUCGGACGUCUUUCUCUUCUCUCUCGGACUUUUACAGCGCCACUUGUCUUCCACAAUGGCGGGCGGACACAUGAAGUACCGUGCCCUCAGUCGGUCAUCGUCGCAUCGACAGGCCCUCCUGCGCAACCUCGUCACAUCGCUGUUCAAGCACGAGUCGAUAGCAACAACAUGGCACAAGGCGAAGGAGGCGCAGAGGUUAGCGGAGAAGCUGGUCACAUUGGGCAAGAAGAACACAGAGGCGUCGCGGCGGAGAGCGCAUCAGAUAUUCUAUGAACCAAAUGACAUGGUCCCCAAGCUCUUUGGCCCCAUAAGAGAGCGCUACGCCGCCAGACCUGGAGGCUACACACGAGUGCUGCGCAUCGAACCCAUGAAGGAAGACCAGGCCGAAUCUGCGAUCCUCGAACUCGUCGACGGACCGAAAGACAUGCGCUUCGCCAUGACAGCGAAAACCCUGGCGCGCCUGCCCCCCAACAAGCAAUUCAACGACAUGACAGCGAAGAACGUGAAGAGGGUUACACAAUUCCGCGAGGAUGGCAUGAGCCAGCUGCAAGAGAUGGUCCAGCAGAUGCGCAUUGAGCAGGAGAAUGGUAUCGACGACCGAGUCCUACCAGCGCCUAGGAGGGUGUACCCAGAGCAGAGUAUGAAGAGGGAUAUGCAUUACCCAGAGGAGACGCCCGACUGGAAGUUCCCCAACCCUCUACCUAAGAAGCAGGUCAAGAAGGAGGUGAAGGUCGUAGAGCCAGAGGCCGAUUUCAUGGUCGCGGAGCGGAGUCUAGGGAAAGAAGUGAACGCGUAAGGUUGAUGUGUUAUAUAUGUACUAUACCAAUGUUCACAUACCAGGCGCAAUACCCAC